AUGCAGUUGACCGUUGAUGAGCAGUUAUUCUCAUACAGAGGCCGCACCCGCUUCAUACAGUACAUUCCAUCGAAGCCUGCCAAAUAUUAUCAAGACCGGCAGAAGGAGCAACACCGUCGUUUGCGUCUAGAACUAGCGGACCGUUCUAAAAUUGCCAUAGAAGAAUUGGGGGAAGUGCCUUCAAGAAUACCUGAAGACUUAGCGGCUUUACGAGAAUGGAUAAAACUUCAACCCCAUUUAAGAGUACGUGACGAUGAUCAACUACUCAUACAAUUCCUUAGGGGUUGUAAGUACAGCUUGGAAAGGGCAAAGGAAAAAAUUGAUUUAUUUUAUUCAUUGAAAUCCAAAUAUCCUCAAAUGAUGAAUGCCACCGAUGUUAAUGAUCCAAAGUUCCGAGAGAUUUGUCACCUAAGCUGCUUUCUGCCAUUUCCAAUACCGGUCAAUGGGAAUGGUUCCAGAAUUGUUACAUUUCGCUUCCGUUACCCCACCAGCAAAUUCAACCUCGAAAAUGUGUGUCAGCCAGGUAUAGCCUUGCAUGAACUAUGGAUGUUGACGGAUCCUUAUGCAUGUAUCAACGGUCUUGAUUAUAUCGUUGAUUGUGGACCCGCUACCGCUAGUCAUUAUAUGCAAAUGUCACCGAAUUUUUGCAAGGCUCUUGUUUCGUAUUUAGAAAAAUCGAUGCCUUUUCGCAUAAAAUCGAUUUACUACAUCAACACGUCAACAGCCACACAGCAGAUGUUCAAAAUGCUAUUGCCAUUCUUCUCAGAGAAGUUGAGAAAAAGGAUUCAUAUUAUGGGAAAUAAGUUGGAAGCAUUGCACAAGGAUAUAUCACCCAAGUAUCUACCCAAGGAUUAUGGAGGAGAUUUGGCUACAAUCGAAGAAAUUAAUGAUGCAUUAGACAAAACCUGGGAUACCUAUAGUCAAUAUUUUAAGGAUAAUGUCAACUAUGGCACCGACGAGAGUUUAAGACCUGGCAAACCGCUUGACAUUGAUGGUUUGUUUGGUGUGGGUGGUUCAUUUAGAAAACUUAAUGUUGAUUAG